AUGGCUCUGGCGCGGUGCAGCGGCGUGCUGGGCAACCCGCUGUCGGUGGACUUCUGGGCGGACGCGGACCCUUUCGGCGGCGCCGUCCGCGCCCUGGCCGAGCGCUGCCCCGAGCUCACGAACGUCCGCGUCGACUGGAAGGAGACGCCAGCCGCGCACGUCUUCACGGCCGACCUCCCCGGCGUCCGGAAGGGCGACGCCAAGGUGGAAGUCGUGGACGGCGACGUGCUGGUCAUCAGCGGCCAGCGCGCCAAGGAGGAGGAGGAGGGUGGCGGCAAGGACGAGCGGUGGCACCGGGUGGAGCGCAGGAGCGGCGGGUUCGAGAGGAGGUUCCGUCUGCCGGGGGGCGUGAGGGUGGACGGGAUGAGCGCGUCCAUGGAGGACGGCGUGCUGACGGUCACCGUGCCCAAGGAGGAAGAGGCCAAGAAGCCGCAGGUCAAGGCCGUGGAGAUCCAAGGCUGCUGA